UGUUCGUUGUUCCUUGACAACGCGAAGCAGUGAACUUUAUUCCCCCAAGACAGACCUUAUCUUCUCCGUCUUCUUCUCCGAUAUCUCUGAAAUUCGCUGCUAUGCAUUCGCUAGCAUCGCCAGUGAUGCAGCCGCUCUCCUUCUCAGCGUCCCUUACUCAACCUUCUCGCGCUCUCUACUCUCGCUUCCUCUCUAGCUCACUUUCUAGAUCCAUUUUCCCGAAUUUCAGAAAUCAUCCCAAAUUCUACCGUAAUUUCUCCAAAUCCCCUCUUCUAAUAAAAGCUUGUAGUUCUAUCACAGCCAAGCCUUCUUCGCAAAUUCGCAGGAAUAGCACCAGUAAGUCCGAACCGGACGAGAAGCUCCGUGCCCUUCGUGAGCUGUUUUCCAAGCCUGGGAUCGGCAUCGACGCGUAUAUCAUACCCUCUCAGGAUGCUCACCAGAGUGAAUUCAUUGCUGAAUGUUACAUGCGGAGAGCCUAUAUAUCAGGAUUUACUGGCAGCGCAGGCACUGCCGUUGUUACGAAGGAGCAGGCAGCUCUUUGGACGGAUGGUCGAUAUUUUCUUCAGGCUGAGAAGCAGUUAAAUUCCAGUUGGAAUCUCAUGCGAGCUGGUAAUCUUGGAGUCCCCAAUACAAUUGAAUGGCUGAAUGAUGUUUUGCCACCUGGUGCCAAGGUUGGCAUCGAUCCUUUUCUUUUUUCUUUUGAUGCUGCUGAAGAGUUGAAGGAGGCUAUAGCUAAGAAGAAUCACAAGUUGAUUUUCUUGUAUGAUACAAACCUUGUCGAUGAAAUAUGGAAUGAAUCAAGGCCAAAGCCUCCAAACAAACCAAUUAGAGUACAUGACCUAAAAUAUGCUGGUGUGGAUGCAGUAUCAAAGUUGUCUAACCUCAGAUCUCAGCUUCUUGAUGCUGGUUCAUCUGCAAUUGUUAUUUCCAUGCUUGAUGAAAUUGCCUGGCUGCUAAACUUGAGAGGAGGUGAUGUGCCUCAUUCACCUGUUAUGUAUGCAUACUUAACCGUGGAGAUAGAUGGAGCCAAAUUAUUUGUGGAUAAUUCUAAAGUCACACCUGAGGUGUUGAAUCAUUUGAAGAAUGCAGGUGUUGAUUUGAGGCCUUAUGAUGCCAUCCUCUCUGAGAUAGAAAGUUUGGCUGAACGAGGGGCUGAACUCUGGUUGGAUACUUCAUCCGUUAAUGCUGCUAUAGUCAACACCUACAAGUCUGCGUGUGAUAGACAUCUUGAGAAUCUUGGAAGUGAAAAUAAUAGUAAUACUAAGGCAUAUAAUGGCUCCAAUGGUCAGUCAUGGGGACCAUCUGGAGUUUACAAGGCAUCACCUAUCUCUCUGGCAAAAGCAUUAAAAAAUCCAGCUGAGUUACAAGGCAUGCGAAAUUCCCAUUUAAGGGAUGCUGCAGCUUUAGCACAGUUUUGGGCGUGGCUGGAAGAGGAAGUGCACAAAGAUGUGAAACUAACAGAAGUAGAUGUGGCAGAUAAACUUCUUGAAUUCCGUUCCAAGCAAGCUGGUUUCUUGGAUACUAGCUUUGAUACAAUAAGUGGUUCUGGUGCAAAUGGUGCUAUCAUACACUACAAACCUGAACCUGAGAGUUGUAGUAUUGUGGAUUCAAAAAAAUUGUUUCUAUUGGACAGUGGAGCUCAAUAUGUUGAUGGAACAACUGACAUAACCAGGACUAUACACUUUGGUGAACCUACUGCAUAUGAGAAAGAAUGUUUCACCCGAGUUCUGCAGGGUCAUAUAGCCCUGGAUCAGGCUGUAUUCCCUGAAAACACACCCGGUUUUGUGUUGGAUGCAUUCGCUCGUUCUUUUCUGUGGAAGAUAGGGCUUGACUACCGACAUGGUAAUUUUUUUCCCUUUAUGUGGACUAUCACUGAUUGGAAAGUUUUUCAAGGUCAAAAUGAUGCUUCAGUCCUUGCACAAGAGAUUCUGGCUCCAUCUCAUUUCUCCUUCAAUCUUUCAGGGACUGGACAUGGUGUAGGAGCUGCAUUAAAUGUUCAUGAAGGACCUCAAAGUAUUAGCUUUCGAUUUGGAAAUAUGACUCCUUUGCAGAAAGGCAUGAUAUUGAGCAAUGAACCAGGGUAUUAUGAAGACCAUGCUUUUGGUAUUCGGAUUGAGAAUCUACUUCAUGUGAAAGAGAUGAACACCCCAAAUCACUUUGGAGGAAUAGACUAUUUGGGAUUUGAAAAGCUCACAUUUGUCCCCAUUCAGGCUAAAAUGGUAGAUUUAUCCUUACUGUCUGCUAGUGAAGUUAAUUGGCUUAACGAUUACCAUUCACAAGUUUGGGUGAAGGUUGCACCACUGUUGGAUGGUCCUGCUCGUGAAUGGCUUUGGAACAACACGCGACCGCUUGUUAAACAGUGAUUUUGGCCCAUCUUUCUAUGAUUGUGACCCAAAACUUCAAAUAGUUGGUUAUUUAUGGAUGUAAAAUGGAUAUUAUACCCCUCAGCAAUAUUUUAUUUUAUUCAGAAAUAUUGAUUUUCCUGAAA